AGAGUCAUUUAACUGCUGACAGUAACUUCAUCACCAUCACAAAGGUUGCUAUUUGUAUUAAUCUUGGAUUGUAUAUUUUUUCUGAAGAGAUCAAGAAGGAUAUUGCCAAAAGAACAGCAAUGGAGUGGAGACUUUUAUUAGGUGUUCUGUGUCUAAUCGGAAUCCUACAUGUGCCUGGAAAUUCAGCAACUGAGACAACUUCAACUGCAACAUCAGCCAACAUCACAGAGUUUAUUUUAAAUUUCUCCAUUAACGGCACUUUCAAGAGUUCCUACUCCAACAUGAGUGAUCCUGACACCAUUCUGCUGAAAGACAUCAUCACCUCUUAUAUUGGGACAAUCUACAAGACACGUUUCACAAACUUUAUACAAAUACUUAUUCAGCAAUUCAGGAAUGGCUCCAUUGUUACAGAUAGCAUUCUUCAAUUUAACAACAAUGGCACUCAUCCUAAUAUCACACAACUGAAACAAGCCCUUGUUGAUGAAGUUGCAAAUGAAACUUUUAACACCACUAUCAUUAAGGAUUCCAUCAAUGUUAUUGAAAUUGUGACAAACGCAACUGGCAACGGCACGACAACUGCAUCUGUUAAAGAGUUUACUAUAAAUUUUAAAAUUCUUCAAACAUUCAAGGAAGUCUACUCCAAUUUGAGUGCUCCUGAAACCAUAGACUUGAUAACCAACAUCACCUCUCAGGUUUCUGUAGUUUACAAGAAACAUUUUGUGAACUUCAUUCGUAUGGUUAUUCGUCAAUUCAGGAGUGGCUCCAUUGUGGUAGAUGGAACGUUUGAAUUUGACAAAACUGGCACUAUCCCAAGUGUGACAGAUGUGACAACAACCCUUCGUGAUGCAGUUGCAAAUGGAACUAUAAGCUUGCAAAUUGAUUCAAAUUCCAUCAGUGUUACAGACCCCGCAGCUUCGGGGUCUCCAGUCUUGGCUGGUAUGCUGACAGCAUUGUGGAUGACCCUUGCAUCACUUAUGUUGUCAGCUGUGAUGCACCUCUAAGCAUCACACUUGCAUGAGCAAACAAAUAAAAAUCAUACUACUACAUCUAUCCAUCAAAACAAGCCAUCUCAUGUCAAGUUAUCGAGCUGUAAUAUUUAUUGUUCUUUCUUGCCACAUGCAAAGGCAGGUAUGAUACAGAUAUGUAUGGCAUGUCUGAUUUACUGUAUUCUGGGGUCUGUUUUAUAAAAAAGGACAUCCUGUAUGUACGUGUACACUGAGCUGGAGAAAUAAUGAGGAUGGGUUUAUACAAUUAAACCAAAUCUGAACACUCAUCCAUGCCAUAUGGUACAAAUAAAUAUUAUAUUCAAAAAUGUAUUAGGUUAAAAUUUAGAAGUGGAUUUGUUUUGCUCUUUUGACAAUGGACUGACAAAUAUAUCUUUACUAUCUAUACCCUACCUACAUUCUUAAUGCACAUUUCUGGUCUUAUUGUUAACCAUUCAUCCAUUCAAGCUAUUCAAAUUGAAGAAAAUGUUAGUGUUGAAAUUCUUCAAUCAGAAUGGAAUAACUUGCUCUGCCUCAAAACAUUCCUUUACUGCUGAAGUCAUAAUGACAGUGUGGGCGGGGAAAAUAGCCAAACUUGUUUUAACCACACCCCCCCAAACUACCUGUCUGCCACUUGCUGUGAACCCCACAUGAAACUAGCUUGGAAAACAUAGAGGCCAAACUAUGAAAUCGCAUAUUAACCUACGACUACUACUAUUUCUGCCAUAAUUGUAGUAUGGUAGUAAUAUACAUUUUCAAAUUUAGUCAGAGAUGGCGAGGAGGUGAAUUUUCGGCUGUUUCCCUACCAAAACCCUGUCACUGUUCCCAAAUUAAUCUGGUUGUGGGCCUGCUGGCAUAAUCUUUUGCACUUUAAAGGAGGAAUUUUGGUUGUGGAGGAAGGAGCAAUAAGGUCAUGUCUGUGUCAGAGGCAUUCCCCUCCGGAAUGCUUCCAAAUUUAAGACAGUUCCGGAGGGGUUUGCUGAAAUUUUCCAUGUAUUAAAACGAUUUAGUGAAAAAUAUGUUUAGGUAAAUAUUGCUGUGUAUUGUAUAGUUAGACAAACCAUGUACUGUUAUGUUCAUUUAUCUAAAUACAUUUGUUUACAAGUCAUGUUUCCUUGUGUUCAGUUAGUGAAAAAUCAGAGGAAACUUUUACAUUUUUGGAAACUGAAAAUAAAUAAAUAAAUAAAUACACCUUUUUCCUA